AUGUUAGGAGAAAAUUUAAUUAUAGAAAGAACUAUGAAGGAUGGAAUGAACAUUUUUGUUUAUAAUAAUUAUGCAAUUUGGGUUACAAAAUUUUCUCAUUUGUAUUUUUUUUUUUUUUUCAGUAUUAGAAAUAUAUUUCAUUUUUCAACAAAUCUAAUAUUUCUUAUAUUUUUUUUUGGAUUUGUCUUUAUUUUUUUUUUCUUUUGCAUGUGUUGGUAUAGUUUCUAUAAGUUUAUUAAAAAGAUUCUUGAUGCAAAUUUACUAGAGGAUGAAGAGAUAAAUCCGUCUAUCUUAAACGAAAUAAUACCUCAAAUAUUUUUUUCAAUAUGUAAUUUUUUAUCAAUAAAACUUUUGUACAUUGGACAUUUGUUAGUUUAUUUAAAUCUACAAGAUGAUGUUAUUUUUGUGCCUGUUGAAUCAUUAAUAAUUUUUUUUAUUUAUUUUAUUGCAUGUAUUUGUUAUGCUUGUUUAUUUAAAUAUGAGAAUUCAAUGAGUGUCUUUUUAGUUGGGUUAAAUGGAAUAAUUACGUUAUUAUUUUUUAUUUUUAAGGAAAAGUAUAUAUUUUUGCCAUCUUUGUUAUGUUCAGGAUAUUAUUUAAUAUACCGAAUUAAUAGUUUUAAUAGAAACAAAUUUUUAUACCAUGAAGCAGAAGAAAAUUAUAUGAAAAUCCUUUUACGUGGAUGUGCCUUAAACUUUAUUGCGUUAUUUCUCAAAAAUUUCUACUUAAUCAAUAUUCAAAUAUUCUCUUUUUUAUUAUUAAUUGCUUUUGUAAUGUUUGUGUAUUCUGAUUUGAAUCUUCAAAAAAUGGAAAUUCUUUAUGAACCAAUGGAAAAUAGAAUUCUAUACAAUUACAUAUCCUCAUUUCAGUUGAAUAAUAAAACUCCGGGAACCUUAAAUUAA